GACAAAUAGACCUUUACUCAAUCUCUCUGUCAAAGCUUAUACAAAGUGACCUUAGAGUCAAACCUAUCUUCUACUUCUUCUUCUUCUUCUCCUUCCUCCUCUCCUCUCUUCUUCUUCUUCUUCUUCAAUGUCUGAUGAACCAGGAGGCUUCUACUACCAUGACCCAUUCCAUGAUGAUCGCUACGCCACCGGUGCAACUGCCUUCUCAUUCUCUACCAGUACUAACUCUUCCCUCUAUAAUUCACCAUCUCAUGAUCUACAUGGUUUAGGCUCUUCACACAUGAGCUUUACUGAGUCUUUACAUGGAUCUACAGACUACAACACAAUCGAAACCGCCUUUGGCUUGUCACCUCCAUCAUCGCAACUAUUUUCUGUAGUCAAAGAGGAGCAAAAGCCGCUGGUGAUGGAUGGUGGAGACACGGUGGUUGGUGUUGGUGAAACUGCGGUUACACCAAACUCUUCGAUCUCUUCCUCGUCUACUGAGGCCGGUGGGGACGAAGACACUAGCAAGAGUAAGAAAGACCGACUACAAAAAGAGGUGGAAGAUGGAGGAGGAGAGAGCUCUAAGAAAGUGAACAAAUCGAAGAAGAAGGUAGAAAAAAUUAAGAGAGAACCGCGGUUCGCUUUCAUGACAAAGAGUGAAGUUGAUCAUCUGGAAGAUGGAUAUAGAUGGAGAAAAUAUGGGCAAAAGGCGGUCAAGAAUAGCCCUUUUCCAAGGAGCUACUAUCGGUGCACUACUCAGAAGUGCACAGUAAAGAAGCGUGUAGAAAGGUCAUUUCAAGAUCCAUCGACUGUGAUAACAACCUACGAAGGCCAACAUAACCAUCAGAUACCGGCAACGCUUAGAGGAAAUGCUGCAGGCGUAAUGUUGCCGCCUUCUAUGCUAACAAUGACACCACCAUUAAUAGCCGGGACAGGCUUUCCUCAAGAAUUUAUAGUUCAAAUGGCUCCAAUGUACAACCAUGGUGGCAUGAGCUCUUUUUACCCCCAAAGUAGCAAUUUAACUCCACUUCAUCAUCAGCAGCUUCAACAUCCUGAUGACUAUGGGCUUUUGCAAGACAUGUUUCCCUCCACUUUUUUUAAACAAGAGCCAUGACUCUUUGAAAGGGCUGCUUGACUUAACGACGAGGUAUAAAAAAAGAUGCAGAGUUGUUUGUCUACUUGGUUAGAGUCAGGUAUGGGACAAUUCAUACAUCUUUGGGCUUUAAUUAUCGAGAAAUAGAGAGAUUACAAAUAGAGCCUAAUGGAACUCCGUUGUUGUUAUUUUAUAUAUGUAUAUGGUUACAAUUAUUUAUAUUCCCAAACGCGUCUAUGAUGUAACACUUGGCAGCCUGUUAGCCAUUGUGUAUCAUCUUACGAGAAUAGAGUAUGGUAUAGAUCAACUAGAAGAGUUGUGCAUAAAAGUAUUUACCCCAAAGAGAAAUAUUAGAAUUUCGACUUUAGAAAAGUAUGGAUUUUCAAUAACAGAAAUUUUGUGAUAUGUUGAAAA